GCAAAAGUUCCGGGCAUGUGUAAUGUAAAUCUAUGUGCAUUUCCUAAUGCAGUAAUGCGAGUGAGCCCGGGGCCGUAGCCGGAAACUGUCCGCAGUCCUUAAUUUUGACACUGGGUCUGGAUCAGUUUCCCAGACUGCUCCCGAGUUUCAAUCCUGCCUCACUCAGCCUGCCAGUAGCUGAUAUUACUGGUGUGUACCACUGCACCCCAUUAUAGUUUUGAUAAUGAUCUCAAGAGACUGGCCAGGUGUGGAAAACAGCUUUUCCAGACCACCUUUGUGGUGCUGCUUGCUGGGAUGAUGUUUGGGAGACUGAGUCUUCCACAGCUGCUUUUUGCUGGCAUCAUGGGAAUUGCUGGAGGAAUAUACAUUUAUCAGCCAAUAUUUGAACAAUAUUUCAGAGAUCAAAAGGCUUCAAAAAAGGUGGAAUUAACAGAAGAACCAGAAGAGAAGUUAAUGCUGCAUGGAGUUGAAUUGUAA